CCAACGCACCUACUUUUUCUCAUUUGUAUCUCUACUAUUUCCUUUACACAAAAUUUAAUAGAUUCAUCAAUUACGUCCCUUAGCCUUUCCCUUCGCCACUAUUAACGUCUAUCCCACAAAUUUCAUUUACUCUCUACCUCCACAAUGCUCCCAUUUAGCAACUACUACAUUUCUUCACCAUCUAUGUCCGAAAUGAACAUUAGCAACAGCAAUGGAAACAAGAGGAGGAAGAAGAAACGGCCGGCGAUGACGGUUUAUGAUGGAGUAGGAGGAGGAGGAGAAGGAGAAGGAGAUGAUUUGGCGGUGGUGAAGGCGGCGGCGUGGGCUUGGUACUUACGGAAAGAAGGCAAACCAAUCAUGAGAGAGUUUGAUCUAACUAGAGCAACAAGAACACCGCGACCUUCACGGUACAAGAUCGAAGCCACGAAGAAUAUGAUCCUCUCUGAGAAUAAGGUUUUGGCUGAGAAUAGGUUUUCUACUAAGUCUCCGCUUUGGUAUACUAAUUACUUAUUUCGUGGGGACCAAGAAACGCAAUACUCUCGUCUUCUUGACACUUACGAGGCCAAGAACAUCUCCAAGAGGCUUAACAUUGAUGAUUCUAGUUUCUCCGGGAGUUCAAGCGAUGCUUUGUGGCACAACGGCAAUGAUCAUCAUCACAAUCAUAAUCGUAAUGAUGAUUAUGAUUGUGAUGAUCAUGGUUUGCUGCAGAAGAGAAAUGGUUAUGAUAAUAACACUACUACUAGAACGAAAAAUGACAAGAGCUAUAAUGGUGGCUUCAUGAAAAAAGUGAGCAAAAGAAGUUUGUGGAAGGGAAUGAUUGUGAUGGGUCCAGGCUCGACGGUUUGUGGGAGAAGUGAUGACGUGGCUUCGCAGGCCGGCAGGAGAACGGUUAAGGUUGCGGCGGCAGCGGAGGCUCUGGUCAGGUCGGCGGCAAGUGGCAAGACUCAAAGUGGUCGUCGCUAACUUUAGUGGUUCUUGGGUUGUUGAACUUUAAAGACUUUCUAGAGGCUGGAAGGGACUUUUUCUUUUAAACAUAUAUAUAUAUAUAUAUAUAUAUAUAUAUUGAUUAAUUGUACAUUUUUAAUUCCACUUUCUGAUUUUCACUAGCUCUGUAAUUUCGACCAGUUUUGAGUACAAUAUGUACAUCUUCAGGAAAAAAAUGGUAGAAAUAAAAGAUCGUUCUAUCU